GCGUUUCUAUUACAUAGUCGGCUCUAUAGAAAUCUUGGAUUGUUAACACUGGAACCACCGAAUGGGGAGAUCUCUCCCACUUUUCGUUUAGCAACGUAUCGCCUUUUACUCUGUUUAUCUUUUCUUUCGCUAUUUAUUGAAUAUUUCUCAAAUUGAUGCAUUGUACGGAGUUCAAUAUUAAGUAUCAAAUUUUACAGUUCUACUGUAUGAAAUCAAUUAGUGAGUGAAAGGCACCUCUCGAGUACAAAGGGCUAAAGAAGCUUCAAUAACUAAACUAAGAGACAGAGUCAAUUGCUUGGUCCUAUAAAAAGGCUAGGAGAAACCAAGUCGAGUAGGUAGUUCCAAUGUCAUGCCUGUGUCAAUCUUAGAGGUCAAUCUUCUACAAAAAGGACUCGAAGAAAUCAAGUCGAGUAGACAGUUCCAGUGUCAUGCUUGUGUCAGUCUUAGAGGUCAAUCUUCGAACGAGACUGGUUCCUCGAAAUUGCACCGAUUGUUAUAAAUAGCGCAUGUAGCAACGAAGGGGUCAAUGGUACCCAGCCGCACGGUUUCCUUGCUCGGUUCAAGGUCGCAUUCUUCGAUAAUUAACCGGCCUCUCUUGUUUGCGCGGCGGGAGUUACGUAAGUCGAAGCAAAUGUUACUUUCAAGGCGCGACGAGGAAAAAAUAGCGCUGCGUUUGCUGUUAGGAAAAUUCCUGCAGCGAGAGAAGCCAGUAUGAUUGUGAUUUUUGUGACCCGCGCACAUGCCACGCGGCGGUGGGAAGCAAGAGGAUCCCAGUCGGUCGAACGGUGCACGGGAACGUACACAUAAAUAUGUAUACAAAAUCAUGCAUGAUGGCGGGUGUGAUCGAUGGGAUCGGCGAUGCGACUUGAGUUGGCCCGCUUGAAAAGUUCCACUUGAACCGGUAUCGUCGAUGCGAUGGCACUGCGACUGAACGUGCUCACAGUGUUCCUUCUGAUCCUCCUGGCGUCAACGGUGUCCGCGAAGGGGAAUUCAAAGAAAAAGAAAAAGCCCCAACGUACAGUAACGUUAAGCGAUAACAUUAACAAAAACCCGUUCCUACAGAACACACUAAGCGAUAAUAAAGAUAGGAACUCGUCUCACCUGGGCGAUGGUGCGACUGUGAAUGGGAACGUAUUCUUGUCACAUUCUACUAAGCUGCCACCUUCUUCGCAGUCUAACAAUGGUGGAAAGCCUGGUCAGGUUUCGUCUGGAAGUGAUGGUGCGACUGCGAAUGGGAACGUAUUCUUGACACAUUCUACUAAGCUGCCACCUUCUUCGCAGUCUAACAAUGGUGGGAAGCCUGGUCAGGUUGCUCACAAUACUAAUCCUUUCUUAAAAGAAGUGCUUAGUGGAGGUACACGUGCCCCCACGCCUUUUGUAAGUAACACUGAAAGUAACAGGAAUCCAGUCACUGAGAAGAUAUCGUACACAGAUGAGACUCCUGGUGAAAAAGAUAGAUUUGGACACCCGAAAGCAAAGUCAGUGCGCAUGUGCGAGGAAUAUGGAAGACAAAGUUCAGUCGACACGUCGGUGAUAUCGCCCUUAACGUCAAAUCCAACUGCAAUCACGUUGAACACUACAACCUGCAUGCCGGUGAACCGACUUGUCGUCGGAGGUGUCACUGCUACUCCUAAUGAGUUCCCUCACAUGGUUGCUAUGGGUAAAAAAACCGAUGAAGGAUUCAAAAUUGCCUGUGGCGCUUCGCUGAUCGCACCGGAGUGGAUACUCACCGCAGCACACUGCACUCACGGAGGUUCCACAGAUAUACUGAUCGGUUACCACGAUUUGCGGAACACUAAAGGCGGCAUUUCGACGACGAUUAAUGAAACGGUGCGCCAUCCGGAAUACAAACCUCCAAGUCUGUACAACGACAUAGCUCUCAUAAAGUUGAACAAGGUUAUACAAUUCAAUAAUCGUAUCAAGCCUGCUUGUUUGUACGAAACGUAUGAGAGAGUACCUGCGAAAGCCUGGAUCAGUGGCUGGGGUAAUUUAGAAUUCUUGGGUGAAUCCAGUAAUACGUUGCAAAAGGCUGAGCUGGAAAUUAUUGAUAACAUCAAAUGUGCAUUGAGACACACUGACUCACUGCGAUUGCCCAAUGGAAUCACACCGGAUAUGAUCUGCGCCGGGGCACCUUCAGAGAAAUGGUCUAAAGACACUUGCCAAGGAGACUCAGGAGGACCAUUGCAAAUAAUUCACCCGAACAAUAACUGCCUGUUCCAGUUAGUCGGCGUGACCAGCUUCGGACUCGGUUGUGCUUUUGAUAACAUGCCUGCAGUGUACACAAAGGUCUCGCAUUAUAUUAAUUGGAUAGAGGAUAUCGUUUGGCCGACAGCUUGAUUUCGCCGCAUGAACACACGUCUCACUUUGCAAAGAUAUCAAAAAUUCCUUUAUUUCAUCUAUAAUUGACUCGAUCAAUUUAAAGAUUAGAAGUUGAAAAUACAUUUAACAUUAAUAUUACUGAAUAAUGUAUAUUAGAGGUAAUGAUAUACGUUUCUUAGAAGUACAUUCGAGAGUGCAUCUUGGAGAACAUUGGAAAACCUUUUUGGAAUAUUAUAUACAGCGCAAUGUCGUGGUGAAUUUCACUGCAGUCGUUCUUAUCGAAUAUCAUCCUCACGCGUCUAUACUAAGUGAUUUCUCUGCUCGUGUUUCUCAUUUUUCCAUGGUGUCUUAAAUACGUUGUAACGGUGUUAAAUAACGGUGAAUCGGUUUAGAUCCGCGCGUCGUGUGAAACACUAGAUAACUGUGACUUGACUAGAGGCAUUUAAAAUCUGCAAUUGAGUAACUUCUUCCUGACUGUUGCAAAAGAAACGCAGGCUCAGUCGUUGGGACUAUAAAAACUCGGCUUAAGAAAUCUUUGCGUCGUGAAUCGUCUUCCACGUGAGUCCGUCCCCGUACGGGCCAUGAUUCGACGGGAAAAGUAUGUACCACCAACUUCUGUAAUUCAAAGCGGGACAACCACUGCAUUAUUUAUCCGAUUACUGUAAUAGAUUAUGUAAUAGAAACGUUGCUAUCAGCGAAGCUGGUUUUCCAUUUACCUGUCAACUAUACCUAGAAAUAGCUUCCAGUUUUGCUUCGGGCCAAAAUCAUAAGGAUUUUGGUAUACCUUCCCGAGCGCUUUGUAUUUCUGCGAUUCUGUGCUGUUUAUACGCGCCUCUACGCUGGUCUCCCCCUUGGUAAUAAGACCCGCGUGCCACCACAUUAAUGCUCCUAAAGCAGCGAAGGUCGCUACGCAAAUUAACGCUGCAAAAUUUAUAAGUUGUCGCCUCCAUUCUUUAGCUUUAGUGUCGGCAGCCUGUUUAGCUAUUUCUGCUAAUUCCUCUUCGCUUAAAUGAUCCAGCGAUUCAGACUGAAAUCAGUGUUACAGCUAUAGUAAUUCUAUCAUAGAAUGUUUGUUUAUUAGAAUAGAUCUAAAAAUUACCACAGGAAUGAUCUCAGAGUUAUUGAUCCGUACAGGAUGUCCAUCCAGCUCUGGAUCUUGCGCAGGAAAAAAUUCUUGGUAUGCUAUUUCGACUCCAAACAACAUAACAAAUAAAACACCUAACACCGUGAAAGCCAUGUACUGGAAAAAGUAUCGGUGAUUGUAAUGACCAACACAGUUAUUCAACCAUGCUGUUUACCGAGUUAAGAAAUGUAUUUAAAUGUAAGAGGGUAUUAGGUUAAUAAUUAAUCUGAAAGGAUACGACAAUGAUGAUCCAUUUUGAGAAUGCACCUAUUGCAUGCAGAGCAAUGAUGAGUUCUAGGUGGUUUUGGUUUAAUACAUUUUUUACAAAUGCUCACAGCCUCUGGAAUAAGGCCACUUCGCGGUGGGUAACCAGCUGGAACGUUCACACCCAUGUAAUAAUGAAAACAUACAUUUACUAACAGCCAAUUUCCGAUCAACAGAAGGAUUACUGUCAUUGUUGGACUCUUCUCCCACCAAUAUGGUAGACCAAUGUAAUAUGCAACGUAUACGAUAUUUGCAGUUAAAAGGCUUACCAAUAUUACAAAUACCUGUGAACUGUAAAGCUUAGUAAAUAUAUUGUGGCCAAUGUAACAAUUUUUUACCUUCUACAAUUAUAUAUGUCAUAACGAGUAAUUCGUACAAACUACAUAGAAAAUAUAAUCAAUGUAAUUACCGGUCCUAAACAGGCGACGAACAUCUCUACAAACCAAAAUAUGGGAUCCAAAAGAAUAUCACAAACAUAACUCCAAUUUAAAAAAUCAUUGUAGAACAAAGAUUUUAUUGUAAUUUGAAAAUGCCACCAUUUCUGUUUUAAGUGAUGCCUGAAAAUAAAAAA